UCUCUCUCUCUCAUUGCGAUUUCAGGAAAAUGGCUGAGGCCAGUAUUUCAGUAGAUCAGCUUUCUGUGGACCAGUUCAUGUGUCCAGUGUGUCUGGAUCUCCUGAAGGAUCCGGUGACUAUCUCCUGUGGUCACAGUUUCUGUAAGGUGUGUAUUAAUGGCUGCUGGGAUCAGGAGGAUCAGAAGGGCGUCUACAGCUGUCCUCAGUGCAGAGACACUUUCACGACAAGGCCUGUUCUACGCAGAAACAACAUGCUGGAUGAAGUGGUGGAGAAACUGAAGAAGACUGAAGUCCAAGCUGCUUCUCCUGCUCACUGUUACGCUGGACCUGGAGAUGUGGAGUGUGAUUUCUGCACCGGGAGAAAACACAAAGCCGUCAAGUCCUGUCUGAUUUGUUUGACUUCAUUUUGUGAAAUUCAUCUGAAACCUCAUCUUGAACGUCCUGCUUUGAAAAAACACACAUUAAUUGAAGCCUCAGCAAAACUCCAAGAGAAGAUCUGCUCUGAACAUAACAAGCUGAUUGAGAUCUACUGUCGUACUGAUCAAACCUGCAUCUGUUAUUUGUGCAUGUUGGAUAAACAUAAAGACCAUGACGCUGUUUCAGUUGCAACAGAAAGAGCUGAGAAACAGUUUCACUGCAACCGAACUGCUGUUUUCGUGACCACGCCCCCAGCGCGGAUAUUCAUGUUCACAUUGUUCAGUUUGUUUUUCUCUUUUAUUUUAGAUUUCUGUUAUCUGACUCUGGAUCCCAACACAGCACAUCGUCACCUCAUUCUGUCUGAGAAGAACAGAGCGGUGAGAUGCAGUGAGAGAGAGCAGCGUUACUCUGAUCAUCCAGAGAGAUUUGAUUACUGGGGGCAGGUGUUGUGUAAGGAGAGUGUGUGUGGACGCUGUUACUGGGAGGUGGAGUGGAGCGGUGUUGGUGUGGACAUAUCAGUCUCAUAUAAAGACAUCAGCAGGAAAGGACGGGGUGAUGAGUGUCGGUUUGGAUUCAACAAUCAGUCCUGGAGUCUGUGCUGUUCUUUUUCUUCUCUCUCUUUCUAUCACAACAGCAUUAAGACUGAUCUCAGAGUUCCAUCCCCCUCCAGAAUAGGAGUGUAUGUGGAUCACAGUGCAGGAACUCUGUCCUUCUACAGCGUCUCUGACACGAUGAAGCUCCUCCACAGAGUCCACACCACAUUCACUCAGACUCUAUACGCUGGGUUCUCCUUGUUUUCUGGUUCUCCAGUGAGAUUGUGUGAUCCAGAAUAAAAGUGUGUAGUGUUUUCGGUAAAAUUCCUGCACGUUGUUGCUCAGUUGUCUGUUUCACUAGAACACAAUCCAGCUGCACAAAAACACUCAUUUUAAUAUUUAGAUUAUAAAAUAUGCCGAUGUCGUGUUCAUCCCAUAUUCAGCCUGGAUGAUGAUUGGCCCGCAGAUAGAACCUUAUAAAUCCAGGUUUAUCUGUGAGUUUGUGAUUUUUAUUCAAAUAUUACAAUCAAAGCUUUGCAGAAUAAAAGAUAAGAGCACAGGAGAAUAAAGUUUCCCCCAGCGAUGGAGUUUCUGUGCUGAACUCAUUUUCAGACAGAAGCUUUUAAUACUGAGGUCAGGAUGUCAGCAAGCCGCUGUAUUGAUACACAACGGGGUUUUUCUCCACUUUGGAUGGAUAUUUUUUAGAUUAUUUAAUCUGUGGGAAAUAACUACAGUGUCUUAAAUAUGUGUUUGUGAAAAUCACUGUAAACCUACAACUGACUUUCCUCCAAAAAACAUCUCUUUUAAUG